CAAAAACACACGCAACAAAGCAACGGCAACACACUGUCAGGUGACACGCUGCAGUCGAUGCACUACCGGACAUCCGUAUGCACAAUUGCACAUUACCUAAUUGGUCACGUAACAGCGGAGAUAAAAUCACUGGAUCAUGAAUCAUCACAAUCCGAACGAUUUUGAGUACUCGUCUCCGCCAGGCGGAGAAGACGCUUCUUCCAACUCGACGUCGUGGGACUCGUGGAGAAUGCAGAAUGUUAGAAGCCAACGGAUGCCCCAGGGUGACAACAAUCCCAUAAUGGGUGGCCCCGGCGGCUACAACUAUGGCUCGCCGAACCCGCAGAUGGGGCCGCAGAGGAGCAUAGCGCCUCCCAAUAUAAACAUUGGCCAGCGCUUCCAAGCCCCUCAGCAGCAAGCGCAGCAGGGAGCCCAACAAGUGGCGGACGCGGCGCAGCAGCAGGUCCAGCUUGACGGAGGCCAACAAGUGGUGCAGCCCCCCGCCCAGUCACAGCAGCAACCUAGAGUGCAGCCUGGUGGCUCGCAGCCCAAUUCCAAUGUGCCCGCGGCUGACCCUGAGAAACGCAAACUUAUACAGCUGCAGUUGGUGCUUUUGCUGCACGCCCACAAGUGCCAGCGCCGAGAGACGCAAGCCAACGGCGAUAACAUGGUGCAGACCCAGCAGUGCAACCUCCCUCACUGUAAAACGAUGAAGAAUGUACUGAACCACAUGACAACUUGCCAAGCCGGCAAGUCUUGUGGCGUGCCUCACUGCUCUUCAUCUCGCCAUAUAAUCUCGCACUGGAAGCACUGUACACGAUCAGACUGUCCCGUGUGUUCGCCUAUUAAGCUACCUGUGCCCAUUCGUGAGCCGGCAAGUCUUGUGGCAAACCUCUCUGCUCUUCAUCUCGCCAAAUAAUCGCGCACUGGAAGCACUGUACACGAUCAGACUGUCCCGUGUGUUUGCCUAUUAAUAUACCUGUGCCCAUUCGUGAGCUUUAAACCUGGAAUUUCACCAUGUAUUAAAAGGUUCUUGAAGCAAAUAGUAUAAGUGUCAACCUAAAAAUUCCAACGCCAAAUAAUACCAACUAAUCAAUCUCCUAAUUCGCAAAGAACUGCUCAUAUAUAACUAACACUCAUUACAAAAUGUAUGUCUCCCAUUGUGUACAUUUUACAUCAAUACAUUGAUACAGGCCAAUUUUUUUUAGCUAUUUGUAAACGUUAAAAUUACUAUCCUGUCAAACUGAUGUAAUUACACACACUUGUAAACGUGCAGUACUAUCAAUACUAUAAAUAAAUUGACAAAUUUAUGUGCGAAACCUAA